CUGUCCACAUAGCAGGCAUGAACACUGUUCGGUCGGGUUCGGUGGCCGGCCCGGUCCAGCAGGGGCUAAAAGAGGCUCUCAUGGAGACCCUGACGGCCAUCCUGUCUCCGGUUCAAGAAGUACGCGCAGCUGCCGAAGAGCAGAUUAAAGUGCUGGAAGUGACGGAAGAGUUUGGUGUCCACUUGGCAGAACUCACAGUUGAUCCUCAAGGAGCACUCGCCAUCCGCCAGUUAGCAUCAGUCAUCCUAAAGCAGUAUGUUGAAACUCACUGGUGUUCCCACUCAGAGAAGUUCCGGCCCCCCGAAACUUCUGACCAGGCCAAAGCCGCCAUCAGGAGCUUACUGCCUAGUGGCCUGCGCGAAUCCAUCAGCAAAGUGCGUUCCAGCGUCGCUUACGCCGUGUCCGCCAUCGCCCACUGGGACUGGCCCGAGGCCUGGCCGCAGCUUUUCACCCUGCUGAUGGAAAUGUUGGUCAGCGGCGAUGUCAGCGCCGUGCACGGGGCCAUGAGGGUCCUAACAGAGUUCACUCGGGAAGUGACAGACACACAAAUGCCGCUGGUGGCUCCCGUCAUUUUACCAGAGAUGUACAAGAUCUUCACGAUGGCCGAGAUGUACGGCAUUCGCACCCGUUCCAGAGCCGUGGAGAUCUUCACCACCUGUGCCAACCUCAUCUGCGCUAUUGAGGAACUUGAAAAGGGUGCAGCCAAAGCCUUGAUCUUCCCUGUAGUGCAGCAGUUCACUGAAGCAUUUGUGCAGGCCCUGCAGAUGCCCGACGGACCCUCUUCCGACAGCGGCUUGAAGAUGGAGGUCCUCAAGGCGAUAACUGCGUUGGUUCAGAACUUUCCAAAGCCCAUGGUGUCUUCCAUGCAGCAGAUCCUGCCCAUCGUUUGGAACACGCUGACUGAAAGUUGAAAACCCUUAACUGACAUGCCCACUUAUGUCAGAACAGAAGUCAACUACACAGAGGAAGUGGACGAUCCUGUCGACUCAGAUGGUGAAGUCUUGGGCUUUGAGAACCUGGUCUUCAGCAUCUUUGAUUUUGUGCACACGCUAAUGGAGAAGAACAAGUUCAAGAGCACGGUGAAGAAGGCGCUGCCCGAGCUAAUUUAUUACAUCAUCCUCUACAUGCAGAUGACUGAGGACCAGAUCAAAGUGUGGUCGUCCAACCCUCACCAAUUUGUGGAGGACGAGGACGACGACACCCUCUCCUACACUGUGAGGAUUUCUGCUCAGGAUCUGCUGCUGGCGGUUGCUGCCGAGUUCCAGAAUGAGAGUGCGGCGGCGUUGGCGGCAGCAGCCACCAGACAGCUCCAAGAGGCGGAGCAGGCCAAAAACAGCGGGAAUGAGCACUGGUGGAAGAUCCAUGAGGCCUGCAUGUUGGCACUUGGCUCAGUCAAAAGCAUAAUCACUGAGAACGUGAAAGACGGUCGCAUCCAGUUCGACAUGCACGGCUUCUUGGCUGGUGUUGUCUUGGCUGACCUAAACCUGGCAACCGUGUCACCGUUCCUCCUUGGCCGUGCUUUAUGGGCAGCCAGUCGCUUCACUGCCGCCAUGUCGCCUGAACUCAUCCAACAGUUUUUGCAGGCCACCGUGAGUGGCCUCCACGACAGCCAGCCGCCAUCUGUGCGGGUAUCUUCGGUCAGGGCCAUCUGGGGAUAUUGUGACCAGCUGAAGUUGUCUGAGAACACGCAUAUCCUGCAGCCCUUCCUGCCCAGCAUCCUGGAGGGGCUGGUCCAGCUGGCCACGCAGUUCAACUCUGAGGUGCUGGCGCUGGUCAUGGAGACACUCUGUAUCGUUUGCACUUUCGACCCAGCCUUCACUACUAGCGCCGAGAACAAGAUCUGCCCCCUCACUAUCGCGGUGUUCCUCAAAUACAGCAACGACCCGGUGGUGGCUUCCCUUGCGCAGGGCAUCUUCAAGGAACUGUCCCAGAUCGAAGGCUGUCAGGGACCCAUGCAGAUACGGCUCAUCCCCACGCUGGUCAGCAUUAUGCAGGCCCCUACUGACAAAAUCCCGACUGGACUGUGUGCUACAGCCAUCGACACACUAACCACGGUUGUGCGCAACACCAAACCGCCUCUUUCCGAGAUGCUGGUGUGCCAGGCAUUCCCCGUAAUGGCACAGUGCACUUUACGCACUGACGACAAUACUGUCAUGCAGAACGGCGGCGAGUGUUUGCGGGCCUACGUUUCAGUCGCCUUGGAGCAGAUUGCCCAGUGGCGUGACGACCAAGGGAACAGCGGCGUGUGGUAUGUCAUGCAGGUGGUAAACCUGUUGCUGGACCCCAGGACCUCGGAGUUCACCGCCAUCUUCGUUGGAAGGCUGGUUUCCACGCUCAUCUCCCGGGCUGGCACACAGCUCGGCGAACAGCUGGACCAAAUUCUGCGAGCCAUCCUGAGCAAAAUGCAGCAAGCGGAGACUCUGAGCGUCAUGCAGUCUCUUAUUAUGGUAUUUGCCCACCUGGUUCAUUCUCAACUGGAGCCCCUGUUGGACUUCCUCUGCAGUCUCCCCGGCCCCACGGGUAAACCCGCGCUGGAAUUCGUCAUGACCGAGUGGAUGAGCAGGCAGCAUCUCUUCUAUGGACAGUACGAGGGUAAAGUCAGCACGGUGGCUCUUUGUAAGCUGCUGCAGUACAGUCUCAACACAGAUGACAAGCGUCUUCAGGACAUCAUGGUGAAGGGAGAAGAGAUAUACAACCCCGCGGAAGGAAUCCGGACUCGCUCCAAAUCAGCCAAGAAUCCGGAGCGCUGGACCAAUAUUCCUUUGCUGGUGAAAAUUUUUAAACUGAUCAUCAAUGAGCUGUCGACUGUCGUGGAGGCCAACGCCAGCCGUGCCAACCCAGCCGACUGGAGCCAAGAUUCCAGCAGCAUGUGUGAGGAGGAGGAGGAAGAAGGCGAUGAGGACGAUGAUGAUGAAGGGCUGGCAGGGCAGCUGAUAUCAGAUCUCAUUGGCUCCAACAAAUAUGACGAUGACUAUUAUGAUGACGACGAUGAGGACGAUCCCGAUGCCUUAAACGAUCCCUUAGAUCAAAUUGACCUGCAGGCAUACCUGACCGACUUCCUGACCCAGUUUUCUCAGCAGCCGUGCUACAGCAUGUUCUCAGGUCACCUCAACAACAACGAGAGACAAACGCUGCAGUCUAUUGGCCUCUAGCCCCUCUGUCCUGCUGAUCCCUGCUCUACUUCCCUUUUUCCUGUUGCCUCAUCACCAACACACACAGCAUCAAUUUCCCAGGGAGGAAGAAUGCUGAUUUUGUGCAAAAUGGCAGAGGGAAGAGAUGGACACGCGCUAAACUGCGGCGCCCUGGUUCUCCACGCCUAUAAAGGACUUUGUCCCGGUGACACUUUAGAGACUGAAUGGAAACCACAAAUGUGUUUGUGGGAGUGAGGGGGGGGUGUCAAGGGUUUCACGGUGCGCCAGGUGAGCCGUGACAUGUGUACCGUUUUCCAAUUUCUCUUUAUAAUGCUGCCUGUUUUACAUGAGCGAGACAUCCAUUGAAAAAUCACUUCCAACAGACACUGAAGAAGAAAAAACAACUUCCUGUGCUUUUGAAAAGUGGAAUAAUUAUUGGAGGCCUUAUUCUCCCAGGAAAUAUUGACUGUUAAUGAUUAUAAUGCAAUGUAAAGCUCUUAGUCCAAUUAUGUCUCGCCAUUACUGGUGGUUGUCUUUUUUUCUCCCCCCCAGCGGUGAAUUUUCACUGUUAUCAUGGUGAUACCCAGACUUGUCGUUUCUUCCGUGUUCACAAAAAUACAGGUAUUAAAAAACAUUUCUA